AUGGAUGCCCUCCACAGAAUGAACAAUCGGGAAAACUUGGAUAGGUUCAUUCCCAAUAGGUCAGCCAUGGACUUCGGUUACGCUCACUACAUGCUUACAGAGGGAAGGAAGAUCAAACGGAAUCCAACGGCGGAGGUGAUAUCGCCGGCACGAGAACUCUACCGGAAGAGACUAGCGGAGGCCUUGAACAUGAAUAGGACUCGAAUCUUGGAAUUCAAGAAUAAGCCACCAAUGCCGAUUGAAUUAAUCCCAAAGUAUAUCCUUUCCCCUCUUCAAUCUUCGAAACCCAUGCGAUACAUUCCUCAGAAAUCUGACAUGAACUUGAAAGUACCUGGCGUCAUAGACGACUUUUCCUUGAACUUGCUAGACUGGGGUAGUAGCAACGUUCUUAGCAUCGCACUUGAAGAUUCUGUAUAUCUUUGGAAUGUCGAUGAUAGCUCCGGUUCAGAACUUGUCACUGUUGAUGAGGAAGACGGUCCCAUUACAAGUGUUAGCUGGGCACCUGAUGGACGCCGUUUAGCCAUUGGUUUGAACAAUUCCCAUGUCCAGCUCUGGGAUUGUUUCGAUACUAAGCUGCUGAGAACACUGAGGGGUGCACACCAAUCACGAGUGGGUUCACUAGCUUGGAACGAUCAUAUCCUCACAACAGGAGGAUUGGAUGGUAGAAUUGUCAACAAUGAUGUCAGAGUAAGAUCUCAGAUUGUUGGAACCUACAGUGGACAUCAACAGGGUGUGUGUGGGCUGAAGUGGUCUGCCUCGGGAAAACAAUUGGCGAGUGGAGGCAAUGAUAAUCUCAUUCAUAUAUGGGACAGAUCCAUGGCCUCUUCCAAUUCAACAACUUGUUGGCUUCACAGGCUUGAGGAGCACAAAGAUGCUGUAAAGGCAUUGGCUUGGUGUCCAUUUCAGGGAAAUAUACUAGCUUCUGGUGGAGGUGCUGGUGAUCAGUGCAUUAGGUUUUGGAACACAAACACUGGUGCAUGCUUGAACUCUGUUGACACAGGAUCUGAAGUGUGUGCUCUGCUGUGGAACAAGAAUGAGCGUGAGUUGCUUAGCUCGCAUGGUUUAACCCGUAACCAUCUCACUCUUUGGAAAUAUCCUUCUAUGGUGAAGAUGGCAGAGCUCAAUGGUCAUACCUCCAGGGUGCUAUUUAUGACACAAAGUCCAGAUGGCUGUACGGUGGCAACUGCAGUAGGGGACCAGGAACUGCGCUUUUGGAAGGCCUUUGGAACCCCAGAAACAUGCAAACCACCAGCAUCGAAGGCAAAAACUGAGCCCUUUGCUAAUUUCAACCGUAUCCGUUGA